AUGUCGGUACAGGCGGUAGUUGAUACAAGGGAACAUUCCUUGGAAGAUAUCGAGCUGGGAUCUGGGCGUUGGAAGGCGAAGAAAUUGAGUUGGGAACACGACGCUGGAAGGCAUGUUGUAUCUCCAUCAUUUGCAACGUAUGCCGCAAGGAUACUACUGAAUUUUGAUCCGAGUGUAGCAUCAUGGUGGCGUGGCUUGCAAUUGACUUAUGCAUUGUUGCCGUUAGAGGAACAAAGGAGUAUGCUCAGUCAACGAUUUGGCAGCUUUGCUGCUUCAAUACAAGCCUCAAUGGAUUCGUUUAUUGUCGAAGAGAUGCAAGUAAAUAAUGAUACAAAGACUGCUUGGGAAAAGCUUUUCUCUCGAUAUAUUGAAAAAUAUGGUGACAGCGACGCCGCUUUAAGGCAAAUAUGCAUCCUUUUCUCAAUACUCCCAAUGUCUGAACAACCGUUGGAGCAUAUUCAACAGUACAAAUCUUCGAUCAAACCUGAUACGAACAUUGAUCAAGCAAUCAACCUGGACAGCUUUUUCAAUGAUUACUCAGCUUUACUACCAGGGUAUUACGGGUGUCAGAUUUCAGCUAAUGCAUCUUCGUACGCUAUCUUUCCACUGAUUGAUUUGUAUGAGAUUGGCAUUAAUGAGGAGUUCGGGCAAGCAGUGACGGCAACAACUUUUGGCCCGCUCUCAUCGAUAGCAUUGUCUCGUGACCUUCUGGAUUACUCAUUAGACAUAUACGCGUUGUUCGGUGUUAGUGGUGCGACGGGUUGCGCGUUGACCCACUCUGUAGUGAUUCCUCUUGACGUGUUGAAGACAAAGGCGCAGACGAAUCCCGAAGAAUACUCUGAUAUUAUAUCUGGAGUAUCUCGUGUAGUUCAAGAAGAGGGGCUUCAAGGGCUUUUGACUGGAGCGCAGGCAACAUUAGCAGGAUAUUUUUGGUACGGGCUCUCGGUGUAUCCAAGCUAUGCUUUCUUCAAACGGUUUAUCGGACAGUCUUUGCUACCACUUGAUUUCUCUGCGCUUCACACAAAUGAUAUAGCCUUAAUUUCUGGUGCACUAUCUGCCGUCAUUGCUAGUCUUGGAUUGACACCACUCGAGGCUGCGCGAAUCCGGGUCGUUGCUGAUCCAAAUCGAUACAAGCCCCUAGGUUUGUUGGGAACAAUGAAGACGAUCGUCUCAGAGGACGAAUCUUUGGGAUGGAAAGCACUCUAUGCAGGACUUCCUGCCCUGAUGACACGACAAGUGAUUUUUGGAUCCAUCAAAUUCCUCGCUUUUGAAAGAGCAUGCGACGCAAUAUUUAUGAACUGGCCGUCUCUACGAGACCUCACAUGGACAGCAUUGGGAGUCAGCCUGGUAGCAGGUGCUUUCUCAGGAACCGUUUCCUCUGUUGUUUCGCAACCUGCGGAUGCAGUCUUGACAUAUGUCGCUCAACGGACGGAUACCAAAGGCAAUUUAAGUGUAAUAGAAGGAUGUCGAUUAAUGAUAGAGGAGAGUGGCGUGACAGCACUAUUCCGUGGGCUAGGAAGCAGGAGUUUAUGGGCGGCCGCGAUUAUUGCAGGCCAGUUUUUGCUCUACGACGUGUUCCGGAACGCCUUUGGCGUAACAGCCGACGAUUUGACACAGGUGUACACUCUUAAAUUGUAA